AUGGAAAAGAAGCGAGUCAUAAAGUAUAUUCUGAAUGAGCAAAGUUUGAUCGAAAACAAGCCAAAGCCAUGUAUGGUGGCCGGUUGUUCAUCGAAAUUCACCAGUUUGAGCAAUUUGAAUAUGCAUCUGGAGAAGCAUCACGGUGUUCAAGUGAAGAAAUUAAUCGAUACCGAAUCCGAAGUGCAAUACUUUUGUCCAAUACCAAAAUGCAAAUAUAAUGUGCUGCAAAAUCAAAGUUUGCAAUUUUUCAAAUCACGUAAAUAUCUGCGGCAACAUUACCUAAAAGUGCAUGCAACGAAAAAUGAACAGUGCUCCAAGUGUGAUAAGUCAUUUGCGAAUGUGUCGCUGAAAACACUGCACGAACGCAGCUGUGGAAUGUUGUUCAAGUGUUUGGAUUGUAAUUGGGAAUAUACGACGCGGGAGUGUCUGCUAACGCAUUGCCGAAGGAAAGGUCAUGCAGUGCCACCAAAGCCAGCGAAACAGAUUAAAAUUGAAACCAGUCCAGUGGCAGCUGAUUAUCCAAGCGUCAAGGUCGAUGAAAAUCACACAGAAAUUAUUAUUGCACCCAAGGAACAAACGACAGAGAAUAAAAACCAAACGAAUGUUUUGAUAAAGAAAGUGCAAAGAGUUCUGAAGAACACGCCAGCAGCUAAAAUCCGAGCCAAUUUCCAGAAGAUUUUACAAAAAAGCCGUACGAUCUCUGGCACGAAAGUGUCACAAACAACGCAAACAACAUCAAUGAGUGUUGAUAAGGAUUCGGUUAUUGAAUCACGGUCAAAUGAAAAGUACAAAAGUUUGGAGUUGAUUGACGAAGAUUCGGUUGAAGAUUCGACCAAAGCGAAUCAAAAUUUGAAUAAUCUGAGCUAUGUGGAGGAUGAGAGCAGCUUGUAUUACUUCACCGUAAAUAAUUUCAAUGCUGGCCUAUGUCAUAUUGAAACACAAACGGAUUUGUUACCAUUUGAUGAACCAAACAUUGGUACGAGUGAUAUGGAUCCAUUGCUUUGUCACAUGCACACACAAACUUCGGAUGAUAUACUGACAGAGCUGGGGCUGUCCGAUAUUCAAACACAAACCAAUUGGCCACACGAUGAGUGUAACGACAUUUUCGUAUCGACCGAAACUCAAACCUGUUUUGAUAGCCAUCUGAUUAUGGAUAACAUUUCUACUCAUACUCAAACUUCCAUAAACUGUGAUAGCUCGACAAGGCCAACGUCAUCGAGGUGGCUCAAUAAUAUUCAACAUCAAUUCACACAAACUUUGUCGGAACCGUGAAUUUUACUUUUGUAUGAGCUCAAAGAGCGAACAUGCUUAUUUAUUUAUCUCAUUUCCUUGAAACACAUCACAAAUUCAAUGAAAAUCUCAAUAAAAACCCUCAUUUUCGACUGAAA